AAUUUACAGUUUAUGGUUGUUUGUCGUAUGUUUUAGACGCGUGAAACAUUUUAGAGGGACGUUAAGUUUUACUAAUCGCGAUGUCUGGAAAAACUAAGAGUCGGAGUGGGGCAAAUGCUGAAUCUAUAACUGGUACUGUUUCGUGUGAUGAACGCAUCUUGCGGGAUUGCCAUCAGAUAUACACUGAUGCGGACAGUGGACUGAUAGCUAUAGCACAGUCCGUUGGGGUAACGCUGUUGCCUCCUCGAAAAAAGAUCACCGUGAUGCUGAUGGGGAAUCACUCUGCCGGAAAGAGUUCGUUCAUCAACUGGUAUGUGGAGGAACACAUUCAGCGGACUGGAGUUGCCAUAGAGACUCAAGGCUUCAGUUUUGUCACUAGUGGGCGUAAGAGAGAAUCCCUCACGGGGAAUGCAACCCUUCACCUCUAUCCACACUUUAAGACGCUGCAGAAAUUCCAAGGCGUGUCUGAAUACCUGAGCACUGAGAUCUGUACGUCCCGUCAGAAGCGGUUUAGCCUGGUGACCUUUGUGGACACUCCUGGACUGGUGGAUGGGGACAUGAAGUACCCCUUUGACGUGGACCAGGCCAUUUUAUGGUUAGGAGAACUGUGCGACCUGAUUCUGGUGUUUUUUGACCCAAUGGGUCAGGCUCUGUGCAAGCGCACGCUCAACAUUGUGGAGAGGCUGAAUGAAAAACAGGGAGACCGCCUGCGCUUUUACCUCAGCAAGGCUGACGAGGCCGGCGGAGAGUCUGACCGACAGAGGGUGAUGAUGCAGAUUGUGCAGGAGUUGUGUAAGCGUCCCGGGCUCAACAAGUGCGGCUUUGACAUGCCAACCAUAUACAUCCCAAAUCCCAAUAAGCCCAGUCGCUGUGUCAAUCAGAUUGACGAGGUUUGUCGUACCGUUGAGAAAACAAUCAAUCAGACGGUACAGAACACACUCAACGCGCUGGAGAAAGACUGUGAGCUGAUCUCAGAGGCCAUCACAGACAAGCUCAGCAACGACAGGCAGUGCACCGUGGCUAACCGCCGUGCCCGCUGUAAAGGCUGUGUCAUGGGUAUGCUGGGUUUCACUGUGCCCCUGUUGCUCUUGGCUUUACUGGUUUUGGGCAGUCUCUCCAGAGAGAUGUUGGAACUAGCACUGGGGAAAAAUGGCACGGAAACCCUGUCACUCUAUCUGAGUCCUGUGGAGAAGAUGAUUAACUCUCUGUCAGUGGAUGUGCAGCUCUACGGCUGUGGGGCUCUUGUCCUUCUCUCCUUCAUCCUCCUCAUCCUGGCUCGCUUUUGCUUCAGGACUAACCCAACUCUCUCUGGAAGGCAAAAGAGACAUCUGCAGGAGAAACUGGAGUACGUUCAGGAAGUGGUCAAGACCAAAAAGAAAAAACUUUAUGAAGAGUACCUGCGUCAGAGUGUUGGAGAACAUGACAUGGACUGAGAUGAGGAGAAAGAAAAGGCAGAAAGGUCAAAGAAGUAAAUGAACUGAUGAAGGACAGACAGCAGAGAACCACUAAAGCACAAUUUAACAUUCCCACACUGCAGACCAGCACUUAUGUAAUGCACAAGCUCUUCAGGUUCACCUUCCAAACCAUGCCUUAUCUUCACUGUGGAACCCUCUCCCAGGGUGACAUGGGAAAUGUAGUUUUUACUUCCAGAAGCUUCUGUUUCACUGUCCUCAGGUUACUGACACUGUAAACUUGUCCUAGAUGUUGGAACUUACUGUUAGACUCCUUUAGUGUGAUGUUGUGAACUGCUAAUGAUAUCUAAAGAUUUUACAUAGUACUCACUCUGUAAAAUGUAUUGUUGUAAAAACUGUAAGAAAAAAAUGAACAGUUGGACCACAUUAUGAUUUUGGACCAAACUCAAACCAAAAGCUCUUGGAACCAGCAAAUGUUUGAGUGGACCCUAGUUGUCCUAUUGUUGUAAGCAGUAAUUUCAUGAUUCAGAGUACGGUGUAUUACAGUGUUUGAAAUUGGGUAUCAAUAGCUAAAUUCAAUAAUGGAGAUUUUUACAAUGCCUCCUGGUGCUUACACCAUCAGCAAAUCAUGAUGUUAUGUUACUGAGCAUGAGUGGGUCACCUGUUUACCUCUGUUCUCCUACAUUUUUUUUACAGCAAAAUCUUUACUGUGGUAAUAAAAGUGAAUUAUGAUAAUAAAUGCACAUAUUAUGAAAACACAA